CCCCACCUCCACCGACACACACCACCACUUACCAGCAGCACCUCUCUCUUCCUUCUCCACCACCUCCUCCUCCUCCUCCAUUCUCUCUCUCUCCCUUUCCAUUUGAGUGAGCGCGAGAUCUCCCGAAACCCGAGUGAGGCGGUCCCGGAGACACCAGAGAGGCGAUAUCCUUCUAAAGCGCAACAUGGCUACAAUUGUAACCUCCACCAGGUUUACAGACGAAUAUCAGCUGUACGAAGAGCUCGGAAAGGGUGCCUUCUCUAUUGUUCGGCGAUGUGUAAAGAAAUCAACCGGCCAGGAAUAUGCUGCUAAAAUCAUCAACACAAAAAAGUUGUCAGCGAGAGAUCAUCAGAAGCUGGAGAGAGAGGCUCGGAUCUGCCGUCUGCUCAAACACCCCAACAUAGUGCGUCUCCAUGACAGUAUCUCGGAAGAAGGCUUUCAUUACCUGGUCUUUGACCUUGUGACUGGUGGAGAGCUGUUUGAAGACAUUGUCGCAAGAGAAUAUUACAGUGAAGCUGAUGCAAGUCAUUGCAUCAAUCAGAUCCUGGAAAGCGUCAGCCACAUCCACCAGCAUGACAUUGUGCACAGGGACCUCAAGCCAGAGAACCUGCUGUUGGCCAGUAAGAUGAAGGGGGCUGCAGUGAAGCUGGCUGACUUUGGUCUUGCCAUCGAGGUGCAGGGAGACCAGCAAGCAUGGUUCGGUUUUGCAGGCACUCCUGGAUACCUAUCCCCUGAAGUCCUGAGAAAGGACCCCUAUGGCAAGCCAGUGGAUAUCUGGGCCUGUGGUGUGAUCUUGUAUAUCCUCCUGGUGGGUUACCCUCCUUUCUGGGAUGAAGACCAGCACAAGCUCUAUCAACAGAUUAAGGCUGGAGCUUAUGACUUUCCCUCUCCAGAGUGGGACACUGUUACCCCAGAGGCCAAAAACCUAAUCAACCAGAUGUUGACCAUCAACCCAGCAAAGAGGAUCACGGCUGACCAGGCGCUGAAGCAUCCAUGGAUCUGCCAACGGUCCACUGUUGCCUCCAUGAUGCAUCGUCAAGAGACCGUCGAGUGUCUGCGCAAGUUCAACGCCCGCAGAAAACUGAAGGGGGCCAUUAUUACCACCAUGCUGGUGUCCAGGAACUUCUCAGUGGGUCGGCAACACACCAGCCCCGCCACCCCCACCACGAGCACAGCUGCACUGGCACAGGAAGCAUGCAAAAGUUUACUGAACAAAAAGUCUGAUGGCGUAAAGCCACAGACAAACAACAACAAAAACAGUGUAGUAAGCAGCAGCACCAAAGACAGCAGCAUAUCAUCCACUGCACCAAUGGAACCCCAGACCACUGUCGUGCACAAUCCAGCCAAUGGCAUCAAGGGGUCGACAGAAAGCCAAAAUACCACUGAAGAGGAGGACAUGAAAGGUAGGAAAGUAUCGGUGGGUGGGGCUAGCAAUGACAGUGCAGUGGUCAGCCAAUGCAGUGCCUCCAAGGAGCCAGCUCCUCAGACUGAGGCCCCUGCCCCCUGCCCACCUCCGACCAUUUUAUCAUAUGAUGUUAAGAGUUUUGCUUGGAGCUCCUGCCCUGAUUUAGAGCCUGCUGUACCAGCUCAAGCCUCCACAACAGCAGGGGGCAGCAGCGUGCACAGGCCGCUCUCACGAAAGCAGGAGAUAAUCAAAAUCACGGAGCAGCUGAUUGAGGCCAUCAACAAUGGAGAUUUUGAAGCUUACACGAGGAUCUGUGACCCUGGCCUGACCUCUUUUGAGCCAGAGGCACUUGGAAACCUUGUAGAGGGAAUGGACUUCCAUAAGUUCUACUUUGAGAAUUUGCUGAGUAAGAACAGUAAGCCUGUCCAUACAACCAUUCUGAACCCUCACGUGCACCUGAUUGGAGAGGACGCUGCCUGCAUCGCGUAUAUCCGCCUGAUGCAGUACAUCGACAGCCAGGGCCGCCCAUGCAGUUGUCAAUCAGAGGAGACACGCGUGUGGCACCGCCGAGAUUCCAAGUGGCUCAACAUCCACUUCCACUGCUCUGGAGCGCCCGCCGCACCUCUACAGUGAAGCACACGGGGGAAAGCAUGCCUGAAUACUAAAGCUGAUUGGAGCAUUUCUUCUCCGUGCACGUAUUGUCGCCUGGAGCCCGGCCAGAAGAGAACCACUUGAAGUUUUGAAAACUUGAAGGAAAAAAUUGACAACUAAGAAAUCUAUUUAAAAGCCAACUGUGGCCACCACUUCAGUCCAAACCUAGCUAGAAGUUGAUAUGUGGCGGGCGGCCAUGGCAGCAGCCCUGCCUUCUGGAUGCUGCAUGCUUCUAAUGCCCACACGGGGCACUGUAUUGUCUUUAUCCAUAAUCCCAUAGUCUCUGCCGCCCAACAUUAGGAAAAGGUGUUUCAAGUAUUAAUAUACAUAUUGUCAAAUAUUGAGAUCUAAACUUGUGUAAUUAACAACUGAUAGUGAUGGCAGUUAGGAUCAGAAAUGUGAAUUUUUGAAAAAGCACACACCAUUUUAGGGGUCAGUGGUGUGGGUUAUAAGAAGUUUAAGAAAACUCUCCAAUUUUUAAUGCAAAGAAUGUGAUGAAAUGGCAUAUCAGAGGAACAGAACAUUUUGUUGAUAAAUAUCUGAUGUUGAAGCACCAAAGUGUAGACAUCGUAGACUUUGAGGAGAGGCUGUUUUAUUGUUGCUUUUAUUUUUCUUGGAAGGGAGGAAUGAGGUUUUUUGGCAUUCUGUAUUGUUUUUGUGGAACUCUUGAUUUUUAUCUCCUGAAUGAUGCUGAAUUUGAAAGUAUUUUGUGUUUUCAAAAAAUUGUUUUUAAAGUGGGUCACCAUUUAAUAUAGUUGUGCAUAAACAGAUAUUUAUGAAGAGAAAGGAAAAAAUAGUCAAUCUUGUCAGGAUACAGGGAGGGGAGUUGUGCGAGCAUUUGCUUGAAUGUGUGCAUUUGUAUUAAUGUCUCUUUUGGAUUUGAUAUGGUUGUUGCUCUGUUGUGGUUUUAGUAGGUCUUUCCUCACACACAUGGGCACAUCUACAUGAGGCCUAAACUUAAAGUUGGGUAUGUUUACUUGCCCUCCUGUAUGUUUGCUCCAGUUAACUCCCACCUCUCCAAACGUUCAUUUCCUUGAAGUAGUGUUCCGAGAUCAUCGAAUGGCUCCUGGUCUCCAGAGGAUGCUAAACACUACACACAUAGACCAGGCUCGCAGCUCUCACUCAUGAGGGUACCCAGCUUACCCUUUAGGCUAGCUGCUGUGCAUAUCAUUUUGUUAACUAUAAGCAUGUUAAAAAAAAAAAAAGGAAAUGAAAUGGCCUGUUCUGUUUUGCACAUUAGUUUGAGACUCUCUGCUGUUCUGUUCACUUCAUGCGGACUUCUUUGCAACUUCAGUUUAUGAAAUCCAUUAUAGGGGUCCACACUCUAUAAGGAGACCCAAACACCCAUAACCCAUCAUGUUACCGCUCCAUGGGUGUCUUUACACGUUUCUGUGUUUGUUCUAGAGCUGUUUACGUUGUCUAAUGUUUUUUUGAUCAGACAUUGUGACUUUAAAAGACUUGAAGAAGUGACUAUGGUUUGGUUUGACAGUUAUCACGUGGCUGGGAAUUUAAUGAAAUAGACUGAAUGCUGAAUGCAUUUUCGAGGUUUAUUUUAGUGGUCCAUUUUGUGACAGAAUCUGUUCUGAUGUUCUACCAAGUGUUGGUAUUUUGUCAUUGAUUUGUUUUGGAAGUUGUUUUAUUUUAUUACUUCCAAUAUAUCUUGUAAAUACUAUUGCAGAUUUUAAAUGAGUGAUAGAUUGAAAGUUUAGCCAAUCAAGCAGGCUCCCUCUUCAUCUGAACACACUUUCAGUACACUGGCACUUGAACUCUCACAGAUCGCUUUCUUAUCAACAAAGUAAACCCACAUAGUUAAAAAAAUGUAUUUUAUGAUGCUGGUUUUGGUGUGUAAAAGCACACGGACACAUUGUGCUCCCUUUAAAGCUUAUCUGUGUGACUGACUGUGUUAUGUAGAAUUGUGAUGCCUGUGGGGCCUUGCUUCUUCCCUUUACUCUAUGCUAAGCCAUUGCUUUUGUCAUAUUAUGUUUUGUAGUUGAAAAAAGGGACUAAAAAGUACUCUGACCCUAAGACAUCUUGUUAGUGAGUUCACUUGUCUAAAGAUGAAACCAUCUGGCACUGUGAUGGCUGCCAUACCAUCUCACUGUGCUCUCUGUUGCCCCCUGUUGCAGUGUGUCUUACAACAAUGUGAUAUUUGGAUUUGAGUAGUGUCACUAAUGAUGAUCAGCUCCAUUCUCUGCCACUUCCUUGUCCAUGUUUUAAAAAGUGUAGUGUAGUUAAUUCAGUUUAAAUGAUCUUUUAAGAAAACUUAAAUGGUCAAGAGAGGAGAUAUUUCUAGAUGCAUGAGAUUGUUGUUCUUGUUUUUCUUAUGACUGUUAGAUGGACACAGGAGCCUUUGAAUGCUAACUGAAUAACUUCUUAAGGCCACUCAAACCAUAUAUGCAGUUCAACGGGAGGAAAAUAUGCAUGUGUAACUUUCUCGUAAUAAUUUUCACUGUCUGUGUUUACCUAAAAUUGAAGUCUAUGUAUAUUACCUGCAUCUUCAAGGUAAAUGAAAUGUGGCUGAAAUAUGCUAAAAUUAUAUGAUCUUUUUUUAUUUUUUGUUUUUUGAAGAAAAGGACAAAAAGAGACUAUCAAUGCUUUCGCUUGGUAUUUUUCCCCAUUCUUGUCAAUUAUUUUGCAUUGUAACCAUAUAUGGUGGGACUAGUAUGAUUAUACUCUGAGGUGUAAUUGGAUGCUGGAUUUUUUUGCAUGACCACACAAUUAAUAAAACUAUGAAUUUAAAUCUAUCAAGUGUUUGCUUGAAUGUUGUUAAGCCAUCAUAGCUUUGUUAUUGAAACAUUUGAAAGUAUUUAAUAAAAGAACAUUUC